CAUAUGUCGUUCGCUCCUCGAUAUCCAUCCUCAACAGAAAUAUUUAAAUCAAUCGACAACGCCGAAAUUUUCUUGAUAACCGACCACUCGCCGGUAAACCUGCGUUAUUCCUUUUCCUCCCCGCACAUCAUAUCGCUCCCAUCACCUCGAAACCACCCGAGACAACGUCAUCAUGGACUCUCACGACUCAAUCUGUGAGCACCAGCGCCGGGGUAAAGAGUGUGAGCCAUGCAAAAGCAACGAAGAGAAGACAUCUGUCUCCCAUACCGGCGGUUGGAGUGAUCAAUCGGUCAGAGUCGUCUUAGCUGACCACAAUCCGGGUACUACCCGAGGUCAAGAUCUAAAGAGCACGACAGGAUAUGCCCCUUUCCCAACGUAUGACCAUCCGUCUUUCUCAACAACCGAACCUCGCUCUCAAGUUCUCAUUGAGAAAGGUUGCUCGUACGAAUCUCCUUAUCCGAGCCAAGUAUCCUGGCACGGCGAUCCAUCGCACAGAAAACAUCAUCAAGCUCCUCGUGGUACAUUCGAGCAACUUGGUCAAGCUACCAACACUCCUCAACGCAGCGAUGAGAUUUCGGCCAGAAGACACCGCACUUCCUCAAUGUUCUGCCAACCGCCGGGAUCUGAUGGCUCUCAAGGACAGACUGUCGACCUCAACAGCGGCUUAUCACACAUUGAGCCUGCUGGUCAAGGGCGUGAUGCUGAAGAACGACCGGAACGGGGAUGAUUGGGCCUAGACAGCGGUAUAUUGUGAGACUACAGCUCAAUACAGUCGACACGUAGUGUAGACUUUAUGCAAAGGCAUUGAUCGAGUAGGUCUUGCUCUUACUUGAGCCCGCGGUAUCUUAUAUAAAUUCGUACUAUUACUUUUGUAGAAAUUAAGCCAAAACUGCUUUCCUGGUGCGGAAUCCACAUUCUGGUGCGUUUCUUCAGUGUUGCAUACAACCAUUUGAAAGAGUACACAUACUGCAAGGGCGAAAC